UCAUACACAGGUUCGUUGUUGUUCUGCGCCGAUUGCGGAACACUCCUCGCAUUGCCCAAGGAUGGGGAAACGGAUGUCGUCUGCGAGCAGUGCCAACGUCAAGAACCUGCCAGCUCGUAUGAGAGUGUUGUCACUACGACGCGUUCACAUCCGGACGCGUUUCCUUCAGCCUUGAGACAAAAGAGAAAGACGCAAACCAAGCAUCAUGCACAAGGAGAUCAAGGAACCUUGGUGGCCGAGAAAUGUCCGUCAUGCGGACAUCUAGAAGCGUAUUCAAAGGAAAUGCAGUUACGUAGCGCAGACGAAGGGUCGACGAUUUUCUAUACUUGCGUUUCAUGCAAACAUGGGUGGCGGAUAAACAACUGA